AUGACGGACAAAUCUGUUUGGGACAAGGAAGUCCCCGUCCCCGCGAGAACGAUCGAGUAUGUCGACAAAGGGGUCAUCGAAAAGCUCCCACCGGGGACUAAGAUUCUCGGAAUCUCUCCAAGCGGGGCCUCAUAUUGGGCUCGAACUGCGAAGAUCGAUGCCACAGACGAGGAGGGGGAACCCACUCCGUUCUUCAUCAAGGUUCAUCAGUUUGAGCAUGGAAAAAACAUGGUAUCGGCCGAGUUUUACGCGAUGACCCUGCUCCACAAUGCUGCGCCAGAACUGGUUGCGGAACCUCUGGGCUGGGGCCAGUACGCCGAAGAACCAGACACCUACUUUUUUAUUUGUCGGUUUCACGAGCUUUCAGACGGGAUCCCAAGUGUGAACGAGUUUCCGAAGCUCGUCGCAGAGUUUCACAAGCGCGGCAAGUCCAAGACAGGAGAGUUCGGCUUCCCCAUCACAAUGUAUGGGGGGCGAAACCCCCAGACGUUCCCCCUCUCGAGCACCUGGGAAGAGUGUUUUUCACAAGGCUUGGAAAAGAUCUUUGACAUGGAAGAGGAAACGCACGGACCGGAUGAAGAGCUGCGCCAGCUCCGCGAAGGCCUCAUGACCAAGGUGAUCCCCCGGCUCUUGCGUCCGUUGGAGACUGAAGGCAGGACUCUCGUUCCGACACUCGUGCAUGGUGACCUGUGGGAUGGAAACGCUUCGGUGGAUGUUACCACCGGUCAUCCCAUGUUUUUUGACGCGACUCCCCUCUACGCUCACCACGAAUACGAGAUGGGGCCUUGGUGGCCCCUUCGCCACAAGAUGACGCAUGCGUACAUUGCCGAAUACCGAAAGUACUAUGACGCAUCUGCACCGGCCGAAGACUUUGAGAGUCGGGGUGCACUCUAUGCACUCCGGUUCGAUCUUCAUGCAUCCUCUUUGUAUCCCGGAAAUCUACGGCAUAGAAUGCUGGUGAUGGACACAAUGAGAGAUCUGCUAAAAAAGUACCCCCUCGGCUAUGAGGGAUACCUGUUGGAGAAGGGUAUUGACCCGGCCACGGUCAACGUUUAG